AUUCGGAUAUCAAAAACUGGUUACGGGAUUAUUACGUGCUGCCAUAUUGAUUAUUGAACAGUGAAUGUUGCCAUAUUCACAUUAUUUUCUAUAUAAAAUAUGGAUAUAAAUUUUUCGAGGAAUGGAUUUCAAAAUUCUUUCCCUAAUGAAAGAUCAAUGGCGACGGGAGGAGAUGUUGAGACAGCUACUGACCCUGCAUCAAGCAGCUUUUUUUCAAAUGAUUAUAAGAGGCAUGAUGAUCUAAAAGACAUGCUGGAUAGUAAUAAAGAUAGUCUCAAGCUGGAAGCUAUGAAGCGAAUUAUUGGCAUGAUAGCAAAAGGAAAAGAUGCAUCUGACUUGUUUCCUGCUGUUGUAAAGAACGUCGUGUCGAAAAACGUGGAAGUUAAGAAACUAGUUUAUGUAUAUUUGACAAGAUAUGCUGAAGAGCAGCAAGAUCUUGCUUUACUGUCAAUAUCAACAUUUCAAAGAGCUUUGAAAGAUCCUAAUCAAUUAAUAAGAGCUAGUGCUCUUCGUGUAUUGUCCAGCAUAAGAGUACCAAUGAUUGUACCCAUAAUGAUGCUGGCGAUUAAAGAAGCCGUAAUGGACAUGUCACCGUAUGUGAGAAAAACAGCUGCUCACGCAAUUCCAAAACUUUAUUCCUUAGAUGAUGAACAAAAAGAUGCUUUAAUAGAAGUUAUUGAGAAACUUUUGGGAGAUAAAACAACUCUUGUUGCAGGUUCGGCUAUCCAGGCCUUCGAAGAAGUCUGCCCUGAGAGAAUUGAUCUUAUUCAUAAGCAUUAUAGGAAAUUGUGCAAUUUAUUAGCGGAUGUUGAAGAAUGGGGGCAAGUCGUGAUCAUCAAUAUGCUAACUCGUUAUGCAAGAACACAAUUUUUAAAUCCUAACUUAGAGGAAAAUGGGGAAAGUGAACCUGACCAAAAAUUUUACGACUCAUCAGAUAGCGAAGCUGACAAGAAAGAAGUUCCUAAAAAGACUUAUACCAUGGAUAUGGAUCAUAGGCUUCUUCUAAGAGCAUCAAAACCUCUUUUAAAUAGUAGAAAUGCAGCUGUUGUAAUGGCUGUGGCUCAACUGUACUAUCACUGUGCUCCAAAAAGUGAAGUUAACUUCGUUGCUAAAUCUUUAGUGAGGUUAUUAAGAUCUCAUAAGGAGGUUCAAUAUAUUGUCCUGUCUAAUAUUGCUGCUAUGACUAUUCAAAGAAAAGGGAUGUUUGAACCAUAUCUGAAAAGCUUUUAUGUACAUUCUAAUGAUCCAACGCAUGUUAAACUCUUAAAACUGGAAAUUUUGACAAACUUGGCAACAGAAACGAGUAUCUCAACUAUUUUAAGAGAAUUUCAAACGUAUGUAACCAGUUCUGAUCAAGAAUUUGCUGCUGCUACCAUUCAUGCCAUUGGUCGCUGUGCAAGUAAUAUAUCCGAAAUAACUGAUACUUGCCUAAAUGGAUUAGUUAAUUUACUAUCAAAUAGGAAUGAGAAUGUAGUUGGUGAGAGCGUUGUUGUUAUAAAGAAAUUACUUCAAAUGCAGCCCUCUGGUCAUAAGGACAUUAUAGUUCAAAUGGCCAAAAUGACUGAAAACAUAGCUGUUCCAAUGGCUAGAGCAAGUAUUCUAUGGUUAAUUGGUGAAUAUUCCGAUCGAGUACCCAAGAUUGCACCUGAUGUUUUGAGAAUUAUGGCUAAAACUUUUAUUACUGAGGAAGAUAUCGUCAAGCUCCAAAUUCUCAAUUUAGCUGCAAAAUUGUGCAUAACAAAUCCGAAACAAACUAAGCUCCUCUGUCAGUAUGUCUUUAGCUUAGCAAAGUAUGAUCAAAGUUAUGAUAUACGGGAUAGGGCAAGGUAUUUGAAAGCUCUAGUUCUACCAGGAGAUCAACCAUCUCUGCUCUCGAAAUAUGCCAAGAAAAUAUUUUUGUGUUCUAAACCAGCACCAGUUUUACAAAGUCGCUUCAAAGAUAGAGAUCAAUUUCAAUUAGGUACUUUAUCGCACAUGAUUAAUCAAGCUGCUGUUGGAUAUCAUGAUUUGCCCAUGUGGCCUGAAGUAGCACCUGAUCCGAAAGUUAGGGACAUUGAAAUUACUCCCGCACAUGUGCCGUCAGGAAGAAUUGGCAAAAAGAUUAAAGAAAAGAAAUCUUUCUAUAGCGAGAGUGAUGGAUCAACCACAACGGAGGGUGCCGAUUCUACAGCAUCUUCUGAAGAAGAGGAUGACGAUGAAAACGAAGAAGUGUCAGAAGAGGAAUCGUCUGAAAGUGAGGGUGAAGACACAGACUCAGAAGAAGAAGAAGAAGAAGAAGAAGAGGAAGAAUCCAGCGAGGAUGAGACCAAUCAUGCACCUAUUAAAAGCGUAGUAAAUACAUCUUUUGAAAGUCCACAACGUACAACUUCCAAACAAGAAAUGCACAGACCAAAACUUAUUUCUGAAACAACCGAGAGCUCAGAGGAAGAGUCCAGCGAAGAAGAGUCUAGUGAAGAAGAGAGUUCAGAAGAAGAGGUAGUUCCCGUCAAAAAAGUGCCUGAAAAGAAGAAGAAAAUUGAAACGAAGAAAAAGGUUUCAGAAAAGAAGAAAACAGAUGUUGUGAACUUAUUAGAUUUAGACGAUUUUGGACCAGCAGCACCAGCACCUACAGUCACAGUUCCAUUUUCAAAUACUGGUGUUCUUCAGCCCAUGAGCGGUGAAGUAACGUCUGCGAUGUCUGCUGGGUCCAAUUUUAUAAAUCCUACAACAAUUCAUGUCCAAGUAGAACAACCUCUACGAGAGCUACUUAAUCGAAUAACCGGUGAUGGUUUAUAUAUUCAGUACAGAUUUACCAGAACAUUGUCUGCUUUUUCGCCAAAGUUCACCUCGGUUGAGUUAAUUUUUAACAAUACUUUAUCGAAACCUUUGGAGAACAUUAGGUUGAAAGACAAGAAACUGCCGACUGGUGUGGAAAUAGACGAUUUUCCCAUUAUACCCGUUGUUGGUGGAGGUUCAACAAUUUCAUCAUAUAUGUCUAUAAACUUCAAUGACACAACACAAGCUGCCACAUUUAAUAUUGGAGUUGGAGAUAAACAAUAUAGUGUUAACAUAACUGCCCCUGUAGGAGAACUUUUAGUACCCAAUACUCUAACAGAUAACGAUUUCAAAUCUCUAAUGGGUAUGUGAAAAUUGCUUAUUUUUCGAUAAUUUUUGAUAUAACUAGUCUGAACAUUUUUAGG